UCCUUAUUAAAAGGUUCAUAUCCUCUUGUUCAGAGCCAUAUUCUUCCGUUUCCGAUUCACGAAGUUACUUUCAUAUUAACCCACCGAAGUUAUUUCACACAAGCGGAGAGCGGCAACUCUACACCCACUGCUAAACAGCUGUUUCACCGCGGCAACAACAAAAAUGAUGCACAACAUUCAACUCACCAUCAGCGACGUGGAAUUGACAAAAACUAAUUUUAGAAUAAUAAAGUCCGUAUAUUGGAAAAAUGGCAAUAAACACCACAUCGGCGUGAUUGUUAAUCGCCAGCGUAUUAGUGUAAAUGUCAGAGAAACAUUAGAUUAACAAAUAGUAGGAGAAACAUAAAGCAAAGUGUUAAGAGAGUUUCCUGGAGUUAACGUUGUGCACAGGUGCCGCUUUACAUGGUAGAGCGACUCAGCAAAGAUACGCAAUCGUAAAUUUUCUAUGAACAUAGCAUAGUGGAAAAUUCGGAAAUCGAAUUGUGAAUAAUAUGCCAUUAUGUAAUUCAGUUAAUUGAUCAUCAAUACGUGCACCGUUAACGACGCUUUUUGCGGAUUGCAAUUUGAUCAACUUAUUUUAGCUUUAAACCUUUACUUCAUAUCUUUAUAAUUAGAAACAAUAGCAACUAACAUGGAUUCGCUGUUAUUUUUGACGGCUGCGGCGCAUCUGUUUUACACGCCGUUUACCAAAGUGGAGGAGAGUUUUAAUCUGCAAGCUAUGCAUGAUAUACUUUAUUUAAGACAAAACUUUACGCAGUAUGAUCAUCAUGAUUUCCCCGGUGUAGUACCGCGCACCUUUCUCGGACCGCUUGUAAUCUCCAUAUUGUCCACACCGUUUGUGAUACUAUUUGAAACACUCAGCAUGAAUAAAUUUUGGACGCAGUAUGUUGUUCGUUUAGUGUUAACCGCUGUAGUAACUGCAUCUUGGCACAAUUUCCGUCGUGUUAUAACCAAACAGUUUGGCACUGAUGUCCGCCUCUGGUUUACUAUAAUCACAUUGACACAGUUUCAUUUCAUUUUCUAUAUGAGUCGACCAUUGCCUAACGUUAUAGCGUUGCCUGUUGUGCUGUAUGCUCUUGCCUUUUGGUUACAAGGACAAACGAAACCCUUCAUCAUAUGUUCCGGCAUCGCAAUCUUAAUAUUUCGUUCAGAACUUUUAAUAUUUUUGGGACUUCUGCUAUCAUAUGACGUGAUUUUUCGCAAAGUUACCAUUUCCAGCGUAAUAAAAAUAGCAUUACCCGCAGGUUUAGCUAUUUUGGUCACAACAAUUGUUUUGGACUCGUUUUUCUGGCGCCGUUUUUUGUGGCCGGAGGGUGAAGUGCUGUGGUACAACACUAUAUUGAAUAAAAGCUCCGACUGGGGUAUUUCUCCGUUUUUAUGGUAUUUCUAUUCAGCCUUUCCACGCGCACUUGGCGCUUCAGUUGUUUUGAUGCCAAUAGGUAUUUUUUUGGAACGACGUAUACGUCCGCUAGUGCUUGCUGCCUUGGCAUUUGUACUCAUCUACUCAAUCCUACCACACAAAGAGUUGCGCUUUAUUGUUUACGUGUUCCCUGUGCUUAAUUUGGCGGCUGCUUGUGCUUGUAGCCGAUUCUGGCUCAAUAGCGGGAAAUCUGUGUGGCACCAAAUACUGGCCUUUUGUGCUGGUGCGCAUUUACUAAUUAAUAUACUUAUAACGGUAUUCCUUUUGGUUGUAUCGAGUACCAACUAUCCAGGUGGUGUGGCAUUAACUCGUUUGCAUCGUCUGGAAGCACAAACGCCUAAUGCAUCCGUACAUAUAGCAAAUUUAGCGGCACAAAGUGGAGUCUCAAGAUUUUUACAAAUUCGGGAUGAUUGGCACUAUUGUAAAAACGAAUCGAUAACUUAUGAUGCUGAGCAGACUCGUUAUUAUACACAUCUCUUGGUGGAAGCAAAAAAUAAAAACAAUGUGCAGCUAUGGUCCACACUGCAGAAAGAAUUUGAAAUUGUAGAGUUUGUCGAUUGUUUCAAUAAUAUUGGCAUACAGUACAGCUCAUUAGUGCCCAUACGUAUUAAAACCAAACCAUGCCUAGCUAUUUUAAAGAGAAUAAAACCUCCUGUUAUUGUCGAAACUAAAAAGAAGACGAAAGACGAGAAAAAAGCGAAAAAGAAAAGUAAAAAGCCAAACGAAAUCGAAACCGUGGAAAUCAUUCUUAAUGAAGUUGUUGAAGACAUUAAAGACAAUGAAAUGCCAAAAGACUUGCCAAAAGACUUUCAUAGCAUAGAAAAAGCCGCAGAUGACACUAUAGAAGACCCACUACAAUUUACAGAAGAAGUGAAUGGCACACUUUAUGAUAAAGUCGAUGCAAAGGCAUCGCUCGAGGAUGGUUAUGUAGAGGACUGGACAUUAGAGGUUGUGGACGAUGAAACUUUCGAAGAACCAAUUGAUAUUCAAAAGUCAGAAAUGCAACCUCGUAGCGCUGAAAAACCUGUUGAAGUGCACGAACUGGAAGAAACAUCCGCCCAAAAGUCUGACGCUGACAUACCAUCGGAGGAAACUUCUGAGCAGCAAACAAAGGAUAUAAACUUCCAUGAAUUGCAUAAUCUGGCGCUGGGCAAGAUGAAUCGAAAAACUUUAGCAACGAAACAAAAGAUACGGCAAUUAAUCGAACAGCAUUAUCGCGCAAAGGGGCGUCAAGUUGAAAAUUCUGCCGAAAGAGUUGAUAAACGUCCUGCCACUGCAAAUUUACCUGCAGCGCGCCAAACAGUUAAAUCCAUUAUAAAGCAGGAACGCAUAAAGGAGAUGAUCGAACAGAUCGCCACAAUGGAUCUGACACGCAUUUGCGAUCUGGAUCAUAUUUCUACCAAAGACUGUCUAAAGCAGGUUAUCGACAAACUGGACACUGAUGAUAAGUUAGCGCACAGUAAUUGAGAAAAAUGUUUUUUUUUUUUUUUAAUUUAGGAAGUUGUUUGCUAGCAUAAUGAGUGUUCGCUUUCUCAUUUUUGUAUUUAUGUAAAAUAAGUUAAUGUUUACCAAAAGAAAAAAAUUACACAUGUCAAUAAAUUAUAUACAUUGCGAACAUAUGAAUUUGCAACAGCAAUCCAAGUAUCGCCAGUCCCCAUGUGGCACGAUAUAGCAUUAGGUCUCGGCUACCACCCUUCAAAUGUAUCGGCUUACCAUCGUCCUUUUGGAAAAGUUUUUGCAUUUGCCUAAUUUUCUCUAAACCUGGGUUCGGUUUCUUGGAUGGACCUGGACUUGGACCACAAGAGGUGCCACUAGUCACUUUGCCUGGGCCACUAGCAAAUCUUGCCGUCAACUGUAAUAAGUUGCGGCCGUUGCAACGGCACAAUGAAGGCUACAAUAACAUAUGUAUGUAUAUAUCGAUUCAAAUGCAUCGAAUAUUGUUAUAUAUAAUUUUUACAUCUCUGCUUACAUAAAUCAAUCUGAACAUCCUUUUCAAGAGAUUUAUUCUUUAUAUAUAUAAUCAAGUUAUGGCGGCACGAAAACAAAAAUUUAUUUGAAAUGUUUAGAAAGAAUUUGACCUUAAUUUCAAUACCUAUCAUACAAUAUAAUUUCAAUACCUAACAAAAACAGUUGCCAUAUAGCCUGCAAACCACAGUGUUUUUUUACAAAUAUAGUUUCCGAAACUUAGUUCGUGAGGUUAAUAAACUAAGAGAAAGUAUGAGCGAAGCCUUACCAUUAACCGAUCAGUUUGUUGGGCAGCUAUAUGCUAUAUUGGUCCGAUCUGAACACAUUUUGGAAAAUAAUCUGUGACAAAUUUCUAAUUUGUUCUAAUCAAAUUUCGUAAAGAUAUCUCGUUAAAAAGAAGUUUGUAUGACAGCUACGUGCUAUAGUUGUCCGAUAUUAAAAAUUCCUUUGAAGAUUGUAACGUUUCAUUGGGCAACAAUCUGUGCUAAAAACGUUUUCCAUACAAGGACUUGAUUUUAACCGAUCAGUUUGUACGGCAGCUAUAUGCUAUAGCGGUCCGAAAUCGACAGUCCCGACAUAAGAGCUUAUUGGGGAGAAGAGAACGUGUUAAAAAUUUCAGUCCCUCAUAUAUAUACAGACACACAAACGGACAUGCGCAAAUCGAUUCAGCUUGUCACGCUGAUCAUUUAUAUAUACAUUCUAAAGGGUCUCCGACGUUUCCUUUUGGCUGUUACAAACUCCGUAGCAAACUUACUAUACUCUAUUCAGGAUAUAAUGAAAACAAUAAUACAUCUAGUUUUAAUGAUAAAUUACCUACUGUCGACUUCUUGCUUAAUUUAAAACUGUUUGUGUUUUUUGUAUUACGUAUAUUUCCAUGUUUUAAAUGCAUUUAUGUGAAUGUUUAAUCUUUAACAUAAAACAUUUAUGGAUAGUUAAGACAAUAGAUAUUGCACUACUCCACCAUUCUGCAAC